GCAGCAAAAAGGACCACUGGUAGUUAUUGGUUUUCUCAAGUCUCAACAACAACAGCAAGAAACAAAGGCGGCUUUCAUAAUUGGGCAACGACAAACGCAGCAACUUCAUCAUCUUUCACGAAGCAUACCGUUCACACACAAAAACGACAACAUCACAAUGCGUGCCUCACUAUUCCUCUCGGCGCUCAGCGUCUCCUCCGUCAUGGCCGCCCCAGUACUCCCCGAGAUCAACGCCAACUCAGCCCACGCCGACUCCCUCAAGAAGGUAUCAGAGUACUUCAACCUCCUCGCCGUCAAGGUCCAACAAAGCAAGUUCGAGAGCGCCGUACCAACAUGUGAUCUCUCCAAGGUCGCCAUGCCCCAAGCCCCCUCCCCCCUCCCGGCCCCAUCUUUCGGCCUAACCCUCCGCCACGUCGCCCUCGGCCGCGGCACCCAAAACUACACCUGCGACACCACCAACAGCUCCGCCAUCCCCGUCGCCAACGGCGCCGUCGCCUCCCUUUUCAACGCCUCCUGCAUCGUCUCCGCCUACCCCGACAUCGGCGCCAUGUUGUCGGGUGUCUCCAUGAACUUCAACCUCUCCGACCUAGCCUCCGUCGCUUCCUCCAUCGCUAAAUCCCUCCCUGUCCCGCCUUCUUUCCUCAAACAAACCCUGGCACCAACCUCCGGCAUGGCCGUCUCAGGCGCUCAUUACUUCACUAAUGCCUCUACCCCCUUUUUCAACAUGGAUGCGUCCCAGUGGAAGAUUGGUGAGGCGCCGUGUGCGAAGAAUAAUAGUACGCCUGCUCCCGAGGCGGCGCCGAGGGGGCAGCAAGGUGAAAAGGCGGUUGCUUGGUUGAAGUUGAUUACACGCCCGGGAGCGACGGGCGGGCUGCAGGAGGUGUAUAGGGUGGAGACGGCGGGCGGCAGCGCGCCUGAGACGUGUGAGGGGAUGCCGGAGGCUUUUGAGGUGCAGUAUGCUGCUCAGUAAGUUUUAUCCUGAUGACGAAUAACCUGGAAGAUGAGAGAGAGGACAAGUGGCUAACAUGGGUGAAAUAGAUACUGGUUUUAUGGCAACUAAACCAAUCUUCGCGGAUAUCAGCGACGGAACUGAGCAAGCUGAAGAAGCAUCGGAUGUGGAA